CCUUAAUGAGUAAAAAGUCGCGAGAUAUAAAAUUUAAUAUUUUCUGAAUCACGAAUGUCUGCCUGCCGCCUCCAGACUCAGAAUCCGAGUCGGGAGCCCGUCUACGCACGUGCUCCAACAACAAACAUGGCAGAAAACGGUAUCACAGGUAUUCUAGGAAUGGAGGCGCAUGAAGUGAAAAAGAAGAAGAAAAAGAGCAGGGAGGUUGUACCUGAAGAAGCAUCAGAAGCCAAAUACUUUAUUAAACCCUCCGAAUUACCUGCCAAAGAAAUAGAUGCCUCCGAGUGGCCAUUAUUGCUAAAGAACUUUGAUAAGCUCAAUGUUCGCACAAACCACUACACGCCUUUACCUCAUGGCUGUUCUCCUUUGAAGCGCUCUUUACAAGAGUACCUCAAGACAGGUUAUAUCAACUUAGAUAAACCGGCUAAUCCUUCCUCUCACGAAGUUGUAGCUUGGAUCAAACGCAUCUUACGUUUAGAGAAAACAGGCCACUCUGGGACUUUGGAUCCCAAAGUUACUGGUUGUUUAAUUGUGUGCCUUGAGAGGGCAACGAGGUUAGUAAAAUCUCAGCAGGGAGCAGGCAAGGAGUAUGUAUGUAUUUUCCGUCUCCAUGAACGUUACGAAGAUAUGCAUAAAUUGAAACAUACAAUUGAGAAAAUGAAGGGGGCACAGUUCCAGCGACCACCACUAAUAUCUGCGGUCAAACGGCAACUUCGUGUACGAAAUAUAUAUGACAUGAAACUUUUAGAGUAUGACCAGGACCAAAAUAUGGGUAUUUUUUGGGUGAGCUGUGAAGCUGGGACUUAUAUACGAACCAUGUGUGUGCACCUGGGUCUUUUCUUGGGUACUGGUGGUCAAAUGCAGGAGCUUCGCAGAGUCCGUUCAGGUAUUCAUGGUGAAAAAGACAACUUGGUAACCAUGCAUGAUGUGCUAGAUGCACAGUGGAUGUACGACAAUCAUCAUGAUGAAUCCUACCUUCGAAGAAUAGUUAUGCCCAUGGAAGGAAUGCUCAUAUCUCAUAAAAGAAUAAUAAUGAAGGAUUCUGCUGUUAAUGCAGUGUGUUAUGGGGCCAAAAUUAUGUUGCCUGGUGUUUUGCGGUAUGAAAAUGGCAUUGAAGUAGAGGACCAGAUUGUUGUUUGCACUACAAAAGGAGAAGCUGUUUGUUUGGCAAUAGCUCUGAUGACUACUUCCACAAUGUCAUCGUGUGAUCACGGGUUUGUAGCCAAGAUCAAGAGAGUACUCAUGGAUAGAGAUACAUAUCCACGGAAGUGGGGACUGGGACCAAAGGCAAGUUUGAAGAAAGCCAUGAUUAAAGAAGGUUUAUUAGAUCAUCAUGGGAAGCCAAAUGAAAAAACUCCUGACAAGUGGUUGGCAGAGUAUGUAGACUAUCGAAAUACUGGAAGCGCUGCACCCCCUGGAGUAUCUGCAGUGAAAGUGGAGCCUGUUGAACCUUCAGCGGAGUCUAGAAAGCGCAAAAUAUGUGAUGACUCUGAUGACAGUGAGACCAAAAUGGACUUAGCUCAGUCUUCUGUUGGAGACAGUUCAUCAAAGAAGGAUAAGAAGAAGAAGAAGAAGAAGAAAAGGGAGGAGGAUGAGGAGGAGCCAGCCUCAGUUGUGAUUAAGCAGGAAGUUACUGAAGAGCCUCUUGGAGAGGAGACUGAGAGUGGUGAAAAGAAGAAAAAGAAAAAGAAGAAGAAGAAGGAGCAUAAAGAGGAAGAAGCUGAUUGAAAAAAUUUAGAGCUUAGAAGAAGUUAGACAUCAUGUGAUUCAAUGGCUGUUACAUAAUUGUGUGUGCCCGUGCAAUUGUGAGUGUGGUGUAAUACAUUUUGACCAUUGAUUGUGUAGGUGAAGAAAUUUACACCUCAAGUGCUUCUUGUGUUCAUGGAAAGGGUUGUAGUAGGAAACCCCACAAAUAAAUAAUUGCAGGUUUGUAUUUCGUGUCGGGGUGGAUUUUCUCUUUUGGUCGGGCCUUGUUAAUAGUCGACUCCUUUUGCAUUUAUGGUCUGAAUCUGUUGCAGAGCUUAAAUUUCUUGAGCCUCUGGAUACAUUAAAUGUUAUAUCUUGCAGUUGGUAGAAAAAACUUGAUAGUAUUAUUGUGUUAGUGUGUUUUUAAAUUAAAGGUUCACUAAAUUAGGUUUUUUAAAGUAAGGUACUUGAGCUGAAUAAAUGAAUUGGGUAUUGGUGCUGAAGUAUUGCUGGCCUCAUGUUUGGCUAUGUGCCACAUUAGUAAGACUAUUACACACUGCCACACAGCAUUGAAUUGUUUGCAGACACUUGUGAUUAUUGGCCAGCUAUGCAGGAUAUGUAUAUUUUUUUUUAAUUAGUCUUGUAUAAUUGCAGGGCCACACCAUUGAUCAUGUACAGUUUGUACAUGCUUCAGAGUAGCUAUUUGUUAAUUUAUCAUUUGUUUUAUAAAAAUUUUUUUAUACUAUUUUCUUCUGAGAGAAUAUAUUGAAUAGGCCAUCACUGUGUUUUCCUUUACCUGUGUAAAACAUACAUCAUUUGAGUAAUUAUAUAUUUUUUUCAGAUAAGUCUUGCACUGUCUUGAUUUUGUGUGCAUUGUUUCUUACUACGUAUAUGUAAUAUUUCAUUGAAGGCCUUGAGUGGUGUCCAGAAUGGUAAUGCUUUGAGCAACUGAAAUAUAUUUUGCUGACUUAUGAAGUGCCAUUUCUUUUUGCAUUUGUUCUGCCUUUUGUGUUUCAGCUGUGAAGCAGCAUUGCAAUCCCUACUUUUGAAUUUCUUUUCUGUCACUUUUUUGUAUGCAUAAAUGUUGGUGGUUAGGUUAUCAAGCCUCUAACUAGUGGAAGAUACCUCUUUGUUAAUAGCUGCAUUUGAUACAAAGUAAUUAUAUUAAAUUUAAUUCUGUAUAUUCCAAAGAACAAGUAAAAUAUUUUGUGGAACCCCCUAUUUAGACUUGACAGUAAACAUUUUUAGGUAUGUAGAAUAACCAGUGCCAAAGAGUAUUGGUAUUUGAAUGCAGGUCAAGAGGAGAUCAUUUAUAAUCAAAGAUUAUUCACUUACUUGGUAUUUGUCGUGUAGUGAUAGGCUGCGUAACAUUCUCCUAACUGAUGUUUUGCAAUAUGGGAGUGUAGGCAGUAGCAACCAUAGUAUGGCUUUUGGAGUAAGUUGCAUAUAUUUUAAAGGUGUUUAUUACUAAUACUUUAUGGUUUGUCUGCUGUGUAUAUGUAUGUUGCAUUCCUGUUUAAGUUUUCUUGGGAGAAUUUUGAUAAAGUGAUUGGAACAGCAAGUGCUACCAAUAACAGUUUUGUGGUUUUUCUGUAUAGUUUUCCAUUUCAAUUGAAUUAUUUUUUUUGUCUGUGAUAGAUACAGAACCUCAUGGUAUUAUAGGUCAUCUUAUAUAGGUGAAACAUACUCGUUAGAGAGUAUUACAGGGAAAAUAGUAAUGCCGUUAUUGCAGAUUUUGAUUCAUCUGCAGGAGUAAAGGUGUUUAUUUGUCCGUGUACUAACUGCCAUAGUUACUUAGAUUUCAUUGUUGAAAGUCUUCAGGUAGAGGAUAGAAUCCAGCUGUCUGUGUUCAAGAAUUUUGCAAUAGGUUGUAACAUGUUUACACCAGUAAGUUUAAGGAAUAUCCUUGCUUCUCAAAAAUGUGUAACUAAAAGCUAGUCAAUAAAUAAUUGCAAAGCUGAUGUCUGACUGACUUCUGGUUGCACAGACUAUAUUCCCUCUAGCAGAUUGUUGAGAAGACCCUCCACUUGAUAUGUGAUGAGGAAUAAAAGACGCCUUCAGUUGGCCUUGAAAGUUGGCCAAUCGUGCCAAGUGAUGUGCCGAACAUGAACCCUCCAUUAGUCAUCAACUCUUGAUUUGUUUUUCAGCUAAAGUAUAUUGUUCUAAGGUUGUGCUCAUCCCCCUCCUCAUAUGCCUUAUUAAACUGCUCAAAAAUAUCUUAGACAAUUAAAUUCACUUAUUUCAUGUUAAUAGCUUUUAGGAGAUUGUGCAUUUGUUGUUGAAAUUGCCUCUUGUCAUGCAUGUCCUUUGACCUAUAAUUAGUGGCUAAUGGUUUCUGAUUGUUGUAAAAUUGCUCAGAACUAUUAAGUGUGUCUGGGAUAAAAACUUUUUAUCUAAGGGUUGGGUUCAUAGAUCAUAUGAAAGUGAUAAUGGAAUCUUAUUUUCCAUAGGAAAUGUGUUUAGUACCUGUUGCAGUUUAUCACAAGUCACAAGUCAUGUAGAAUAACUGUCUAAUCUGAGGGCUGUCUGCACUAUAGUGAUGUAAGUUAUUGUCUUUUCAGAUGAGAUUUGUUGUGAUACUCUAAUAUUUACAUGCUCUGAAAAUAUCAAUAUUUUUUAUUGUUUGAGACAGCUUCAAUCCCAGUUCUUAUGUUAUCUGUUAAUGCAGUCUUAAAAAAAUAAGACAAGUGAUAGGACCACACAUCACUAGUAUUAGUUUUUUCUUAAUAAACAGAAAUGUUUG